UCUCUCUCUCUCUCUUUUUCCUUUUUCUUUGGUUGAUUGAUUGUGGAGAAAGAAUGGAAGUGAUGAUGGUUCCUCCAACUACACAGGAAAUAGAGGAAACAGUGAAGGGAAUACUCAGAGAAGCUGACAUGGACCAGAUGACUGAGUUCAAGCUCCGCAUCUCCGCUUCUUCUCUACUCGGUUUCGACUUAUCGGCGACCAAUCACAAGAAGCUUGUCAGAGACGUUCUCGAAGCCUUUCUUCUAUCCAAUCUCGACGAGGCUGCCCACGUUGAAGCAAACGUUCAAGAGACGGUGGCUCCCGUGGAUCCUAAUCCAACCGCUUCAGCUGGUGGUGAAGAAGAUGAACGCUUUAUUUGUAAGCUUUCGGAGAAGCGAAAUGCUACGGUUCAAAAAUACAGAGGCCAACCUUUUCUAUCUAUCGGGGAGACUUCUAAGGAAGAUGGAAAGCCUUUCAGAGGAGUACAUUUGUCAGCUAACCAAUGGUCUGUGAUCAAGAAGAACUUUGAAGCCAUAGAGGAAGGCAUUAAGCAGUCCCAAUCAAAAUUAAAAUCAGAAUCAAAACAAAACGGAGGUACUUGUAAGCCUGUGGAAGACGAUACCAGUUGCGGUUUUUCCAUCAUCGAGACUUCACGUUUUGAUGGGAGGAGUUAUCUUCGCUGGGCGUUACAGAUGGAGCUUUUCUUAAAGCAGUUGAAUCUUAGUUAUGUUCUCCUUAAACCCUGUCCUGUUACCAACACCUCUCAAGCUGAUGAUGCCGCCGGAAAAAACUGGUUGAAAGAUGAUUACAUAUGCUACACUCAUUUGUUAAACUCCUUGUCAGACCAUCUAUACCGUCAAUACUCGAAGAGAUUCAAGCAUGCGAAAGAGUUGUGGGAUGAGUUAAAAUGGGUCUACCAGUGUGAGGAAUCUAACUCAAAGAGGUCACAGGUCAGAAAGUACAUUGAGUUCAAAAUGGUGGAAGAGAGACCGGUUCUUGAUCAAGUCCAAGACUUCAACAAGAUUGCUGAUUCCAUAGUGAGUGCUGGUAUGUUUCUAGACGAGACGUUUCAUGUGAGUACCAUCAUUUCCAAGUUUCCACUGUCCUGGAGAGGGUUUAGCACCAGGUUGAUGGAAGAGGAGUUUUUGCCGGUCUGGAUGUUGAUGGAACGAGUCAAAGCUGAGGAGGAUCUUCUCAGAAACGGACCACAAAGGGUUACGUAUAGACCAGCAACAGGGUCUUGUCAGAUGGAAAGGAUGCCACCGAGUCUAGGAAGGGGUUCUCAGAGCAUAGGUUGGAAGAGGAAAGAACCUGAGAGAGAUGGGAGGGUCACCAUAGCUUGUGACAACUGUGGCAGGAGGGGACAUCUUGCAAAGAACUGUUGGGGGAAGAAGGUUGAUGAGAGAGCUUCCAGAAAACCAAACCGGGUUACUUUUUCGCCCACUACACAUGUGGGUUCAGAGACUCAAGCAGCAUCCAAGAAUGACGUGGAGUAACGAACUGUUUAUAUCUGUUUGGAUUACAAAACUGUAGCCUACACAGUGGAAAGAUAGAGAAUCAAGAUCCAUUCCAAAAAACAUCAGCUAAACAAAGGUGAAUCUUUGCUUAUUCAUUUGUCAUACUUCUACAAUUAUAUAUCUUAUCAUUUCAAAUGUAAUAUUAGUGUAAAGAUCCUUAACAAUUUGUUUUACAACACUACCAAACAGUUUUAGUCAUAGAAUGAAGCUGAACUAAACUAUAAAGCAAUAUCAUAUUACAACACUAAUCAACGAGGAUCUAACUCAGUGAUUGUAACACUGUUCAGUGACGGAAUGCUACUUGUGUGAUUGUCUCUUGAUGAUGAUGAUUCUCCAUCCCCUGAGUAAAAGCCUGGUUCUGAAGGUCUAGGUAAAGUGAAAGAACUUUCAUUGAGCAUUACAACAACAGAAGCCAUUGUUGGUCUACUCUCUGCAUUCUCCUGCACACACAACAGGGCAAUGUGAAUGCACUUCAUGAUUUCAUCACUUGAACCUUCUGUUUCAAUCAGACUUGGAUCCACAAUGUUUUAACACUUUCCCUUCUCUCCAGCAUUUCCGCACCUACAAAUAUAACCCAGAGUAAAAGUUAGACUUAAAAGUCUAGAAUCCGCUCCAAAGCAACAACUAUAUUCACUUACAUAGCUAAGUAGAAAGAUUGAUCUUUGUUCUUCUGGAGACCAGUUGUUUCUCUUGCCUGUAAUGAUCUCAAGGACUAGUACACCGAAGCUAAAUACAUCGGUUUUCACUGAGAA